UCCCCCAAGAAAAAGAAUACAAAAAUACCAAAUCAAAAUAGUUUCCUUCCAUUCCGUUUUGCAUUGUCAUUUUUUGCUGUUUAACAAAAUUAAAUUUAAACAAAAAAAAAUUAAAGAAAACCAACAUUUAUAAAAUAAUUUGAUUUCCAUUAAAAUAAAACUCUUCAUAUCUUGAUUCAAAUGCAAUGAAAUGCUUCCCAGGCAGUACAAUAACACCUACGAUUUGGAUUUUCGCAAAAGACAAAUCGACACGCUAAAGAUUUUCAAUGACAAUGUUCGUGAAAUAACCGAAAAUGAAGAUUACACUAUCCAAUUUGAAUCGGGUGGUCGAAUUUUUUACCUAAACGUCCAACUUGGUAAGAAUUUUCCCACGGAAAAACCAAAAAUAAUUGUAUCUCCACUUGUCCAACAUCAUUGGGUUAAUUCGAAUGGAUUUGAUGUUGAAAAUGCCCCUGGAUUGCUUAACUAUUCUAAGCAUUCUGAUUUGGGAAGAGUUGUUCAGGCCAUAAUAAGAGAAUUUGAAAAAUUUCCUCCACCACUAUUAUCAACAAAUGAAGUCAGUCCUAAUGCAUCUGCAGGUAGCAGCAAAGAUGGUUCACCAUUAGAUAAUUUAACAAUACCUUCAAACACGGAUCAUGAUCUACCAAACUUAUCAGCUAUGUCCUUAGACGAACUCAAAAAAUUGGACACGGAUCCAGAAUUCUUUGAUGACUUUAUCGAAGAGAUGUCAGUUGUUCAGCAUCUAAAUGAAGAAUUGGACUCAAUGAUUAACCAAGUUGAAAACAUAUCAAGAGAAAACGAAUCAAAAGAAUCUAAUUUAAGUGAACUUAAACUCAAACUGAAUGAUGACGUCACAGCCUUAAAAAAUCUAGGCGAAAAAUGUGAUCAACUUAACCUCAAGUAUAUUAAAAAAUCUGAAGAAUUUGCUCCCCAGCAUAUAAGAGAACUUCUUCAAAUAGCUGCUUCAAAUUCCGAUACGGAUUGCGAAAAGCAUGUGGAGCAAUUUUUAAAUGGUAAAAUCGAUGUUCAAACAUUCCUGAAUAGCUACACUUGUUCGAAAAAGAUAAGCUCCGAGCGAAAAGCAAAAGAAGAACGAUUGGGUCAUCAACUCAGUGCUUUCGAAAGAGCGGGAAUCUAAAAAUUUAAUCGUAUCUCAAAUUAAUUAUUUAAAUGUGAAAUAUUAUCUUGUGUAAAAACCUCAUAAUGUUAUUGUCAUGAUCUGAUCUGGAUUAAAUUAUGAUUAAAAUAAACAAAAUUACACAGUUUCAAAAGUAAA